AUGGAGCCAAAGCAACUCCCCAUGGACCUGAUCUACAGCAUCGCCGCCCAGUAUACCCAGCCCCGAGACAUCCUCCCCCUCCUCCUGCUCUGCAAAGACACCCGCGAGCAGCUGGAGCGCCUCCUUCACAUCAAGGAUGCCAUGAUGGAGGUCCGCCUUACGGACCAAGAAAGACAGAGCAAGGGCCAUUCAGCGCUUCAGUGGGCCAUAUACAAGCAGAACACCGUGCUGGCCGGAAAGGCAUUCAUGGCCAUAACCCAAACCAAGCUCAUCACCCGCCGCGAAGCCUUUUCCAUCUUGUCGGGGCUGGCAACCGAGGGCGAUUCCAGAGUACUACCGAACCAUCCUUUCGACACCCAAAUUGGCCAUCCCCUUCUCUUCCGUGCAGUCCGGCAGGGAAACCCGAUCCUGGUGCGGCAUCUGGCACGGGCAAUUGCUUCGUUCUGCCCGCCCCUGCUUGCCAUAUCAAAACAAGGGCAUUAUGCGGAGGGUGCCGUGUGCCUGGACGAUGCUGCCGCCACAGCUGCCUCUGAAUUGGGCUUCAUCCAACCGGGAGAUCUACAGCCGCGGCCUGGCAUCUGGCACGGCCGUUCUACCGCACUGCAUGAGUGCAUCAAGCUAGGAAGAGACGACCUCCUCGAUAUCUUGCUCUCGGCUGGCAUCCCAGCAACCGCAGGCAGCCCCUCACCCCUGCACAUGAUCUGUUCUCCCAUCCUCGCGCCGAGACGGCCCGAGAUGGCCAAGGUUAUCCUCGCUCACGGAGGCAGUCAUCUCGCCGAAAUGAAGCACGAGAGCCACUAUACGCCUCUCCAAACGCUUGUGUGGGGGUUUCCAGUUCAAGACAUCAAUCCAGUCCAGGAGCUUCUCGAGCUGCUGAUCUCCCACGGUGCCGACAUCAACAAGCCCUUCCCUGCCGCCGCCGGAGCCAACCACGUUUCACCAUUGCAGAAAGUCAUCGCACGGAGCCACUGCCACCAGAUGCAGCACAUGCAAGCACGUCAGCUCAUUGACGUAGCAUUAUUCCUCAUUCAGAAUGGGGCAGACUGGACCUUCCGAUAUCUCCAACCACUCGUGUCUCCGACGCUCCUCGACAUGGCUAUCAGGAAAAUCGGGCUGUGCAAGACGUCUGGUUCUACUCUCACCGACGAGCAGCUGAUUAACACAAUCAUCGACGAGGGGAUCAAGAGGGAAGAGGCCGACGAGCGUGAUAUGUUGACGGAGUAUCUCGACUACCUCGCCACCAGAUACUACGGCUUCGUCAAGAUGGGCAAGAAAGAGUGCAGGGAGUUUGACCUGGCGAAAUAUCUCGUCAGAAAUGGGGCGUUUCGCCCAUACGGUAUGGAGGAUGCUCUGUGGCACCGGUUGAACUAG